AUGAAAUUGACAAGAAUUUUGUCGGCUCCCGUCCGAUUGGUCCGAAGGACACUGCGACGGUAUCGCAACAACGAUGUUCCGGAUUACGACUAUAUUGAUCGGAUCUUGUAUGAAAUGUGUGACGGUAUGUUGAUAAAAAGAAUUUUUGGAAAGAAGGGUACCAUUUAUGUAAUCUUAGAAUUCAUUCAUUUAUUUUUUUACUAGUUCUCGAAUAUCUUUGAAAAAAAAGAUUUUUUUGACAAUAUCUAGUAACGUUAACUCAUAGUUUCAAAGUUGUGAACUUUGAAAGCCACGCGCUAAUUUCCAGCUCUCAAAAAAAGUUGAAUCCAGAAAUUUUUUAUGUAGAAAGUGUGUUCAGUUAGAAAAAAAUUUAUUUGGACUUUUUGUAGAAUAUUCGAGCAAUCAAUAGAAAACUCGAAAGUUAUCACGAAACUUAAUUCCCUCGCAAACAGCUUGGGUACAAAGUUGUCAAAGCAGUUGCGCUCUAAUGCAAAGCGUCAGUAAUUUCCUGCUUCCCGCAAGCCUCUUGCGAUUCUCUUUUAUUUUCCUUUUUUAUCCGAAAUUUUAUGCUACUCAUUUUUAAUUUCCAGAAAUGAUGGCGGCAAACCAAGACAAGAAUGAGAAAGCGAAUGAUCGAGGCAAAGCUUGUUACGCUCAAAAAAUGUGAGUUUCAUUUAUUGAAAGUAUACAUUAAAAAAAUUAAGGUACCCGGAAGCUAUAAAGAACUUUUUCAAUUGCCAUUCUUGGCAAUCCAAUUCCCAAAUACUUUUCAAAUAGAGCCAUGGCUUAUUAUAUGGUAUUUUUCAAGAUUAAUACAUAAUUAAUGCAGAAAUCAACUUUUUCAGAACGGUGACCUCACGCUCUCAGAAAAUGACUGUCGCCAGGCUCUUGAACUUUCGAACGCGGAGCCGAAGGUAUGUUUCAAAAAUGCUAUUUCAAACGAGAAAUUUUAGCCAUUGUACUUCCUUGGUUUAAUCAGCCUCAAAAGGAACAAGUACAAAGAAGCGAUAUCUUUCUUGACCAAAGCCUCCGGAUUGACCACUAAACCAUCGGUAUGCGCUUCAAAUGAGAAAAGUUAUUUUGAAUGAGCUUUCAGGACUUGUCCCAGAUGUACUCUGCUCUGAGUGAAGCUCGAUUGGCGGCAACACAAGAAGAAGAUUUAAUAAGGAGCGAAAUGGAAUCAAAUCUCCAAAUAUAUAUCGAAAGGUUUCGUUGGGAUAUUUUUAUCGAAGGAAAUUUUUUUCAGUCUUCUGGCCAAGGAUAAAGACGAAAAAGUCGCAGCGAAUCCGACGGAUUCGGAGGCAAUCAUUGAGCGACAUGACAAAUCUCGAUGCCUCCUCAACGAGAUUUUUUCUAAUGUACCUAUUUUCGAGUAUAAUUUCUAUAGACAAUUUUUCAGUCUGAGAAUAAACGGAGAUCUCGCGUAGUGCCCGAUUAUUUAUGCGGAAAGCUGAAUCUGGAGUUGAUGAAGGAUCCGGUGAUCACUCCUUCUGGAAUUACUUACGAUCGCGAUGAGGUCACCAUGCACCUCCGCCGAAUCGGUUUGUCAUAGUUAGAAUAAUGAAAACCUUCAUUGAACCAUUUGGAAUUUUGUUUGAAAAUCUUAUGAAAUCUUCUCAGUGAUGGGUGCGAACAAACAUGAUGUUUGGAAUUCAGGGAAACCUAGAAAAAAGGCGCAACAAAGCAUAGAAACUUGAAACAAAAUUCAAAAUUUCCAGAACUAUACCCUUUUUCAUAAAAUUUCAAAAAAACUUAUAAGAAGAAACAAUUUUUCAGGUCAUUUUGACCCUAUCUCUCGCGAGCCGCUAAACGAAUCGAGCUUGAUUCCAAACCUCGCUGUUAAGGAGGUAUUUUUUUCUAUUUUUUUUUCUUUUUUUUCAACAAAAAGUUUUUCCAGGUUAUCGAGGAGUUUUUUUGA